ACAGAUCCGGCUCAGGAUGGAUAAGGAGGCGCGUCCGAACUGGGAGAGCCCUCUGCAGUUCGUCCUGGCGUGCGUGUCCUACGCGGUGGGGCUGGGAAACGUGUGGCGCUUCCCUUACCUGUGCCAGAAGCAUGGUGGAGGGGGGUUCCUGAUUCCUUACCUCCUCAUGCUGAUUCUGGAGGGCGUGCCCUUGUUUUACCUGGAGCUGGCCAUUGGUCAGAAGAUGCGUUUAGGGAGCAUCGGUGCCUGGACGUCCAUCAGCCCAUAUUUAGGCGGAUUAGGUCUUGCCAGUGUGGUGGCAUCGCUCUAUCUGUGUCUGUAUUACAACGUCAUCAAUGCAUGGAGUUUCUGGUACCUCUUUAAUUCAUUUCAAUCCACGCUGCCCUGGGCCGUCUGCCCCACCAACGCCAACCGGACGGGGUACGUGGAGGAGUGCGAGGCGGCCACCUCCACCCAGUACUUCUUCUACCGGGAGACCCUGAACAUCUCUCCUUCCAUCGAGGCCAGCGGCGGCGUCCACACGGGCCAGCUGCUGUGCUUCCUGCUGGCCUGGGCCAUGACCUACCUGUUCAUCGUCCGAGGAGUCAAGUCCACCGGAAAGGUGGUGUAUUUCACAGCCAUAUUUCCGUAUGUCGUCCUCUUUAUCUACCUGAUCCGCGGCUUCACUCUUCAUGGAGCCAUCAACGGUGUCAAAUACAUGGUCACACCCAAGAUGGAGGAACUUGCCAACCCCACGACAUGGAUCAAUGCGGCCACGCAGAUCUUCUUCUCCCUGGGUCUGGGCUUCGGCUCGCUCAUAGCCUUUGCCAGCUACAACCAGUACAACAACAACUUUGAGAGACAGGCCAUCAUCGUGUCCGUCGUCAACAGUGGAACCUCGGUCUUCGCCAGCCUGGUGACUUUUUCCAUUUACGGCUUCAAGGCAACAAUCAACUUUGAGAACUGCCUGGAGAGGUCUCGCAUCUUGCUGAUGAACACGUUUAAUCUGGCAGAGGACAGCAUCUCCAUCAGCAACGUGUCGGACUGGAUCGAGAAGCUGAACGCCACGUACCCCCUGGAGUUUGCCGACAUCGAUGGAAGACUGGACAACUGCAGCCUGGAGAGAGAACUGGACACCGCUGUGGAGGGGACAGGUCUGGCCUUCAUUGUGUACAGCGAGGCCAUUAAGAACAUGCCGCUGUCUCAGCUGUGGUCCGUGCUGUACUUCAUCAUGCUCCUGCUGCUGGGAAUGGGCAGCAUGUUGGGAAACAUCAUGGCCAUCGUCACCCCGCUGCGAGACUUCAAAGUCUUCUCCUGCAUGAGCACAGAGCUGCUGAACGGGUUGGUGUGUUUGUUCUGUGUACUGCUGGGUCUGGGCUUCACAACCCCCCCUGGAAACUACUGGGUCACCAUAUUCAACGACUAUGGAGCGACCUUCUCCCUGCUGUUCAUCGUCCUGAUUGAAGUCGUAACUGUCAGCUACAUCUAUGGAAUCAAAAGGUUUGAAAAAGACAUAGAAGAUAUGAUCGGCCAUCGUCCCAACUGGUACUGGAAGAUCAUGUGGGUUUUCGUCAGUCCUGCUCUACUGAUCGGCCUCUUCAUCUUCUACAUCAUCAACUACAUUUUGGGCGGGGUGCCCACCUACCAGGCCUGGAACAAGGAGGUGGGGAAGGCCGAGGUGACCCAGUACCCCCUCUUCGGUCAAGUCUUCAUCAUUCUGCUGCUGGUGUCGUCGGUGUGCUGCGUUCCCCUCGCCGCUCUCUACGUCUACUGCAAGAAGACGAGGCAGGGAAGCGGCGUGGAGCGGCGGCGCACCGUGAGCACCGUGUCUGCGUAG